AUGGUCGAAAACGAAAAUCAUGAGCCGAUCGUGUCGCAUGGUCGGGGAGGUCAGGGGAAUAUCGGUGCUGAUCCGACACCAUAUGUCGAUGCGGGUAUAGUUCGCGAGGGAGUGUACGGCGACCAAGGCGACGGCGCGUACUCAGCAGGUCGCGGUGGAGCCGGCAAUAUCGGCUCUCCCAACGUGCGACCAACGUCUACCGUCCCCCAUGAUACCCAGGUCGUUCCGGAACUGGCGGUUCGCAAAUCAAUCGAUGGUGACUACCAUGUUGGGCGUGGUGGCCAAGGAAACGUUCACUUGGAUGAGCAGCGUCGCAAAGAAAAAGAGGAGAAGAAGCAUCAGAAGACUCUUUCUUAUAGCGGGUUUGCGGAUAAAUUGAAGCAGAAGUUGUUUGGGAAAUGA